CUGAACGCAGCAUGAGCCCGAGUUAUGAACGUAACUGUGCGUCUGACGUCACCCCCCUUAGUAACCCUCGGCGGCGUCUCCAGGACAGAAGGCAACAAGAUGGGAUUGCUGUCCAUCCUGCGUAAGCUAAAGAGCACACCGGACCAGGAGGUGAGGAUACUGCUGCUGGGUCUGGACAACGGAGGGAAAACCACCCUGUUAAAACAGCUCGCAUCUGAGGACAUCAGCCACAUCACCCCCACACAGGGAUUCAACAUCAAGAGCGUCCAGUCUCAGGGAUUUAAACUGAACGUUUGGGACAUCGGAGGCCAGAGGAAGAUCAGGCCGUACUGGAGAAACUACUUUGAAAACACUGAUGUGCUGAUCUAUGUCAUUGACAGCGCUGACAGAAAGAGGUUUGAGGAAACGGGUCAAGAGCUGGCUGAGCUGCUGGAUGAAGAGAAGCUGAGCGGCGUCCCGGUGCUGAUCUUUGCGAACAAACAGGACCUGCUGACGGCUGCUCCGGCCUCCGAGAUCGCAGAGGGCCUCAAUCUUCACACCAUCCGGGACCGAAUGUGGCAGAUCCAGUCCUGCUCCGCGCUCACUGGUGAAGGGAUCCAGGAGGGCAUGAAUUGGGUCUGCAAGAGCGUGAACUCCAAGAAAAAAUAGCUUCGCUUCUUAGUGUUCCAGUCCUCAGGAGGAGCAGCAGCAAACACACAUACACUGACACACAUCGCAGCCUCCUGAGCCUUAGUACGAUGGGAUGUACCUGUGAAUGUACACACACUACUAAUCCGACGUGGACUCGGACCUUUUAACCCCCUGCAUUCCCGUCACCGCUGACGUUUACUAAUCUCAGCACGUCUUUCUGCGUCGGCCUCCGCACCAGAGGAGGGGCGCUUGCCUUCAAAAAGGAACCCAUGCCAGGAAAUAGACCCCACCGUCCACCCACGUCUCCCUCACCCUCCUCAACCAAUCACAGCCUCAGAUGAUCCCAAUAAAACUGCUGUCCUUUCACCAAGAAUUCCAACUUGUUCUUGAAGUCUCUUCACUCGCCCUCCUGGAAACCGACCUCCUCCAUCUCUAUCCUCCAUGUGUUGUUUUAUUUUAUUUUCCUUUUUAAAAUCAUUCCACGAUGGCUGUAAGCGCUUUUCCUGCUAUGGCUCUGUUUGAAGUGAGGUAUAUUUUUGUAAUUUGUUUUAUUUAUGGUGAAGUAGAGCGUAGAGUGCUUUCAAAUGACGGCUCGUGUGGCGUGUGUGAUUCCACGGAUGUUGGAGAAUCGAUCCAGCUCUUCCCCCCGCUAAAGAAUAAUAUGUUAAUAUGUAUACAGAAAGAAAAAAGAGAAAACGAUGAAAUUAAAUGGUUAAAAGAAGAACUACAUUUUCUGUUCAACUGUAAAUAGCUCGGCCCUGUGUUCAUAUGUUACGUUAUGCACAUGUUAUAGAGUAUGUGUUGCCCUGCUGUGCUUUGUAGUCUAUAAUGUUUGCAUAUCUAAUAUAUGCUGGCAGAUUUUUAACAGAGGUACACGUACUGUAUGUCCCAAUGCAUUUCUGUGUGCUCUUUGGGUUAGUGAGGGAACUCUUUCGGCAUUUCCUUUUGAUAUUCUUGAAUGUCCAGAAUUGAAGAUACUGUAUGUGAAUAAAAUAAAAGAAAAAAAAAAGAAAAGGAAAAAUG